AUGCCACCAUCAACCAUGCCAUCCCUCCUACGCCUCCCAUUCCUCCUCCCCUCGCUGUUCCGGCCCACUCUGCCGUCAACUUUCAAGAAAUUCAACACCAUCACUAACCGCACCCUCUCGACAACAACCUCCCUUUCCGCAACCCUGAUGCAAGUGCUCAAAAAGCCCCGCCAGCCCCAACGCGCCCGUCAUCCCGUGUCGCCAGCGCUGGUAAACCGACCGCAUAUGAAAGGCGUCUGUUUGAGGGUCGUCAACAAUUUCAAGCCGAAGAAGCCGAAUUCCGCGGAGAGGAAGGUGGCGAGGGUUAGGCUGAGUAGUGGGAGGGCUGUUACUUGUUAUAUUCCUGGGGAGGGGCACAAUGUGCAACAACAUAGUGUCGUGCUGGUGAGAGGGGGAAGGAGUCAGGAUUGUCCCGGUGUGAGGUACCAUCUUGUUAGAGGAGCAAUGGAUCUGGGUGGCGUUGGGAAUCGCAUUACCGCACGGUCAAAGUAUGGGACUAAGAAGCCGAAAUCGGCAGCGGCUUAA